AAAUAGUUUUUAUUUCACAACCAUCGCUCCAAGAAAUGAAGCAGCAUGAGCAUUCAUGCUUCGCCGGCUCUCCUAAGCACCAAGCUCAAAAAAGGUUGGGAAAAAUACUUCUCUGUUUUGGCAGGAAAAUUCAGUUGGGUUUGAUUGAUCUCCCAACGAUCGCCAUCGCUAGGGUCUCUAACUGAUGGCUUCUCAUCUCUUUCUUCUUUUAUUGGCGUUUACGAGCCCAUUUUUGCUCUCUUCAACUGAAAGUAGCCGAAAGGAAUUAAGGGAUAAAGAGUUAAACUAUGACCCUAUCACACAAUUGGGGCUUUCAAUCCGUAACAACAGAGUUGACCCAUCACGAGUUGUCCAACUCUCUUGGCAACCAAGGGUGUUCUUGUAUGAAGGUUUUCUGUCGGAUGAGGAGUGUCAUCACCUAAUUUCAUUGGCACGGGGUUUGAAAGAAGCAACUUCGGGAGAUGGUGAUGGUUCAAGAAGCAUUGGGAUGAAUGGCAGUUUUUCUAGUUCGGAAACCCCUUUAGAUGAAGAGGAUGAAAUGGUCACAAGGAUUCGGGAAAGAAUUUCAGCAUGGACUUUCAUUCCCAAAGGGAAUGGCAAACCUCUACAGGUUAUGCAUUAUGGUCUUGAGAAGGCUGAACAGAACUUUGAUUACUAUGGUAAUAAAUCCAUGUUAAAAUUGAGUGAACCUUUGCUGGCAACAGUUGUUUUAUAUCUCUCAAAUGUCUCUCGAGGUGGUGAAAUUCUGUUCCGCUAUUCAGAGCCGAAGAACAAGAUUUGGUCAGGUUGUACAAAGACUAAUAAUAUCCUGAGACCCAUCAAGGGGAAUGCAAUCCUCUUCUUCACUCGCCAUCUCAAUGCGUCUCCUGAUACCGGUAGCUCUCAUGCUAGAUGCCCUGUCCUUGAUGGUGAUAUGUGGUAUGCCGUUAUGUCGUAUUUUGUUAGAGCCAUUGAUGAGGUCUCGGUUGAAUCAGAUGGCAGUGAUUGCAUCGAUGAAGAUGACAAUUGCUUCCAGUGGGCUGCCAUAGGAGAAUGCCAAAGGAACCCUGUGUAUAUGAUAGGUUCCCCUGAUUAUUAUGGUACAUGUAGGAAGAGCUGCAAUGUGUGCUGACCGCAAUGUUACUUAUAAGUUACGUAUGUCGAAAUUCUUUUAUGAGAUUCUAAAAUGAGGUCAUAAAAUAAAGUCAUAAUUUUUAGGGUUCAAAA